AUGAAAAUCAACGAAAAGAAGUCCCAAGUGGCAAAAGAAACAAAGAAAACUGAUGUAAGGCUAGUUAACGAACAAUUAGAUUUAGAAGUUUGCGGUAUAGUUUAUCCACUUAAAAAAGUAACCAAGGAAGACGACAGCAAGAUAGGUCUCAAUUACGAGAUAGGAGAUAAAGUUAACUUUAAACUACUCGUUAACGGAUUUACUCGAAAGUUAGAAAAGUUGGUUGUUCUUGAUUCUUUUGAAUUUUGGUUUAAUAAUGACCAUUGUGCUAGUUGCAGAAGAGAACGUUCAAAAAAAAUGUUAGCAGACGCCAAAAAAACGUUAAGGGAUGCUAAAUCCUUCUAUUCUCGUUGCUCUGAACACGAAAAAGACAAUGCCGAAAAGAUAUUAAGGGAUACAGAAAGGGGGUGUGAGGGGAUGGAAUUUUGUUACCUCACUUCAUUGCUGUGUGAUGAAAAAAACUUAACAACUUUGGAAAGUAAUUAUCGAAUUGUUAAAAACAAUCCACUUUAUACUA